AUGGCUCAGAUGUCGGUCAUCAGCCUUCAAACUGGCGGCAAUGUGGCUAACUAUAGCUAUGACUACGGAGACCCCGAUGGUGAUGCGGUAGAUACCCUCCCAAAUCCAGUCAAAUACCUCAGUUCGCCUUUCGGAACGGAUACAACCCCCUUGGUUAACAUCAACGAGUUCACGAUCGCGAGAAAGCCGGUACCGCUGCCAGUGCCACCGCCUCCACCCCUUCCUCUAAAUGAAAGUCUACCAGAAUUGGGAGAUGGGCAAGGUUUGCCUGUAGAACUCCCAGUACUAGACAACCCCGACGAACCCCUCGAAUGCGGAGAGUGUGAAAAAUCUGGGCCGGAUUUGAAGUGUAUGGUCUGCAAUCUUUGUCAGGUGGCGUAUUGCGAGCCUUGUUGGCCAAAGAUUGCAGCACACAAAGUGGGAAAGAAAGGUUUAAAGGGAAUCCGAAAGCAAGUACACGAACCAAUAGAUCCAGAUAUAGAAAGGAAGCUUGAAAAAAUACUCGAGCCUCAAGUUGGAGAAGAAGAUCAAGAGGCCUUGCACCGCCAAGACGAAGAAACAGCUUGGUUUGCCGUCAUUAAAGACAAUAAGGAUAAACUCGUUUUCCAGGACCUCGGGCGCUAUGGGGAGAUCGUUUCAGGCCUAAACGAGGAAACCUAUCCAGCUCUUGUAUCUUUCGUCGGAUCUACCGGAUCUGGAAAAAGUACACUAAUUAGAAUGUUGAUGGAACUCGACUACCCUGGCGAAGUGCCACACGAAACACCUGUAGUCCAAUCUGCAGCAUGUUUUAGCACAGUGCCAACGUCUGGAGAUGUCCACCUAUUCUGUGACCCCCAUACCUACAAAACAGAAAAUCGACAUCCAAUACUUUACGCUGAUUGCGAGGGCUUAGAAGGUGGCGAGCGGACACCACUAGGCUCGAGAACUCAUAAACGCGAGAAAAUUCGAAAAGCGGUAUCUGAACGUAUUUCUGGAGCGAAGCAAGACACCAAGUCAUUUUUCGCCCGCAAGCGGCGGGAUAAUGCAAUGCAGCAGAACUCGAAACGAGAGCUCAAAUGGGCGAUAAAUGAUGCGACAAAAAGACGCGAAUAUAUUGUCUCGGAGCUUUACCCUCGGAUUCUUUUCACAUUCUCAGAUGUAGUGGUUUUCGUGUUACAAGAAAAAAACAAACUAGAAAAUGCCAUCGAAAGAUUAUUAAUAUGGGCGGUAGCCGCCCUGGAAAAAUCCUCGAACCAACCGGUCCUUCCGCGCGCAAUCAUUGCUUUAAACCCCCUUCCAAGUGAAGUGCCGGAUAUUUUUUGGGCGGCCGAUACUGCAACGAAGCAUGUAUUGCAAGAAGCCAAUAUUGAGUUCUCCAAAAACCCAAAGUUCAUCCCAUUCAUAAAGCACUGGAAAGGGCGCGAUAAGAAUGUUGAAACCAUAGAAGACCUAUUGAAGCUCUACUAUGAUGAUGUGAGAGUGGUAGGGAUUCCCAGAAAAGGCCGGAGUAACUUGAUAAAGCAGCAGGUUUCCCAACUUUAUCGUGAGAUAAAAACUAGUGUUCAACGUUCUCACCGAAUGAAACGAGAAAGACGAAUGCUUAUGAACUCCAAGGCUCUGCAAUUCCACCUACAAUCAGCCUACGAUCACUUCGCCAACAGUCUCAGCACAUCUUUCGACUUUGUCAAAUCGACCUUUGCCCACAGUCCAAUCCCUCCAAACUUCGGCGGAAGUAUAUUAAAACUUAUUCUCAACGUCAGGAAGAAUACCACCAAAAUGAUUGAAGAAGGUAAGCCUGUGUCUGGUACAGUGGAGAAGAUAUUCGAAAGUGUAGCCCCCAUGAUCGCCUCCUGUAUUCUUCUUGAUGCUACUCGCCAGCAGAUUCCCGGCACGGCUUCACAUAUAUUUCCUGAAUAUAAGCAUUCAUGUGACAAUGCAUUCAAAGACUUUUACGAGCAGCAUUUAGAAUGCGCUUAUAGAUCUCCCCGUGAUCCUAAAGUCCGCUGCGUCAAUUAUAGGGCUGGGCAUAAAAGCAAGGGCCACCAAGACUCUAGCGGAAAAAUUAUCGCUACUGGGGAUUAUACUGCCUCGCUAGACCCAGACUACAUCAGCACCUUCGGAAAGUUGAUAUUGAAAUCUCUCGACUAUAUGGUAACCAAAUCGAGGGCCAGACAAGGUAGCGGCGAACUUGAGACCAAAGAAGAGGAAGUUACAUUAGUAGCAAGUCUUCAUAAAAAUGAUCACAUGGUACCACUUUACAGGAGUUUUGGGGGCACAGCUAAUUUCAUUAGCCACACGGCCUGCCUCGUCUGUCUUUUUCACAGUCCGGAACAUCACUUGAAUUGCGGUCAUAUUAUUUGUACCCCCUGCCUUCAAACAUAUGGCACCAUAAAAGCCGGAUGCAUCGCAAUACAGAAUUGCCCUAUGCAUCCUGACGACAAAACUAACCAGUCAUCUCAAUUAUUCACGGUGAAACCUCCAUCUGCCGGGGUCAGAGUACUAUCGCUCGAUGGCGGAGGAGUCCGUGGACUCAGCCAAUUGAUUUUCCUCCAGGGCCUGGAGAGCACGCUUGGCUUCGAUUUCCAGCUGACCAGCUUUUUUGACCUCAUCGUCGGUACAAGCACCGGCGGGCACAUUGCUUUAGGCCUCGUCACAGAAAACUGGUCUAUGACGGAUUGUAUAGCGCAAUUCAAAAAAUUCUGUCGAAAAUCUUUCUCCAAGAGAAAGCUAGGUAACCUGCUAGGAAUACAAGAUCUUGUUGGUGCGAAGUACAAAUACAAAAGAGAACCCUUGGAAAAUGUUCUUAUAAAGGCGUUUUCCACAAGUGACUAUUUGUUCGGUGGCACCAAGCGGACCAUAACCGAGUCAUCUUCCAGACCGGCCCCUAAAGUUGCAGUAACUACGGCGUCAUCAACUGGUAAAGUUAUUGUUUUGGGAAAUUAUAACCAUGUUGAUACCAGACCGGCAUUCUACGAAUUUUCACGAUCAGAGAUACCAGAAAAUGAAUUCAGAACUUGGGAAGCUGCCCGAGCUACAUGCGCAACGCCUGGAUACCUCAAAGAAUUCUCCCACGCUGCGUCUAAGGAGGUUUAUUUGGAUGGCGGGAUCUACCACAACAAUCCAAUCCUUGUUGCCGAUUCAGAACGCAAACUGAUAUGGCCAGAGGUUAACCAUUUGCCGCCUGACAUUGUCCUAUCGCUCGGAUCUGGAUACAGUCCAAACUCUGCUAAACCUAGGAAAGAGAAGAAAUUUCGAUCCCGAAGCGUUGUAGCCCGAGCGACGGAAAAAUUACAUUGGACUGCGACUGACCAUGUUGAAAGUGGCAUCGUUUCCGAAGAAACUUGGAAUAUUUGGCUCAAGUCCAAUGAUUUCUAUGUAAAUCCAGCGGCAGGACCGACUUCAAUUCAGCACACUGGAAACCGAUACGUUCGGUGGAAUGCAAAAUUCGACAAGAGUGAUGACCCACCACAUCUAGACGACUUGGAUUCCCUGCAAAGAAUCGAAUCCGAAACGCGCAAACAGGUUCAGAGCUUGAAUGGCCCCAUCAAGGUCCUCGCUGAUCAUUUGAUAUGUUCAACGUUCUAUUUUGAGCUCCAUGAUGCAAAGGAGCACUACGGCAAAUUUGAGACCUUUGAUGGCAUUCUCGUUAAAGGUAGCAUCAUGUGCCGCUGGGGUCCUCGUAACGCCAAUAUUUGUAAGUUGGGUAAGCUGUUACAGAGCCUAAACAGCACGAGAGGCCUAGGUUCAUCGUGGCAACCUUCCUUCACCGUUCGAGAAACCUCGAAAGGUCCUGGAAACCUCUUAGUAGAUCCUAUCUACCUCUCUCAAUCGACAAUUCAGCAAAUGAUAGACAAAGAAAUCUGCAAAUUUGAACUACCGGAAAUCGAAUUUAUUGUCUCCAAUUGGGAUGCCUCUGUAGAGAUAUCUCUAUGUCUCGAUGAUAGCUCGGAAUUUCCUAUUAGCGGAUUUCCCUGUCAAAUGCUAGUGGAUAUGCCAAAUGGAAUACUUCCUAAAGAUCCCUUCUUACGGCGUGCACGGACAUGGAGCGAUUCUACUCCUUCCUUGGCCCCAACGUCACCCGAUUCAACUAGAACCUCUUCGGAAUCGCAGGUUCAAGAUACGGUACCAAGUUGGAGGUUUUCUGGAAGACUUUUUGAAAUAUCCAAGAAGCAAUAA